CACAGUGGAGGUGUUGUUGUAAGUACAAGCAGCAUGAAUGUCACUCCAGUUGUCUACUGUAAAAGCAUGAAAAGCAUGAUCAUCAUAUCAGAAGAUCUGAGAAGCAAUGCAGUUUGAGUUGGUUCUCUCAACUACACACUAGUGAUGGCAGAUUGUCAAUCUUCCUCUCAUGGGAAUGAAGACUUAUGCAGAUCGAUGGGAAAACAACUAGAUGAAAUUACAAGAAACAGUAGAUCAAUAGAAGGACACUUCACUAGAUACAUUCUAAAUACAAGGAUUCUCAUCAAUGAAGAAAGACUAAAGAAAGAAAUAUUUGGAGAAGAAGACAAGGACAAACCUCAUAAAACCAUAUUACUGGUUGGAGAAACAGGAACAGGGAAGUCGACUCUCAUCAACGCCAUCAUCAACUACAUGCUGGGUGUGAAAUGGGAAAACAGAAUCUGGUGUGAGAUCAUAGAGACGAAAGAAAACCAGACUAAAUCUCAGACGACAGUAGUGACUGUGUAUGAUGUGUUUGUUGAGGAGAGUCCAUUCUCUCUCACUGUCAUUGACACACCUGGAUAUGGAAGCACAGCAGGGAUUGAUCUAAAUAUUACUGAAACUCUACAUGAGUUACUCAGAUCCAAAGAUGGAGUUACAGAAGUUGAUGCAGUGUGUCUUGUGGUGUCAUCAAACAUUAUUCGACUUACAGAGUCACAGCUCUAUGUUUUUGAUGCCAUUCUCUCUUUAUUUGCUAAGGACACGGAGAGAAACAUUGUUGUGUUUAUCACAUACGCCACACGAAAGCCAACAAACACCCUCAAAGCCAUCAAACAUUCUAAAGUCAGAUGUGCAAAAACUGAUGAUGGAGAGCCUGUGUACUUCAGCUUUAACAACUCUCACUGUGAAGCCUUUCUUGAACUUGAUAAAGAUGAGACAAAAAACAAAGAAGAAUGCCACAAAUACAAAGCAGUGUGGGAUAUAAAUGAGAAAAACAUGAAAAAUGUUUUCACGUUUUUGAAUGACAGUAAAGCUGUAAGCCUGAAUUUGACUGAAAAUGUGCUUAAAACCCGCAAACAACUGAAAGCAGCCAUCUCCAGUUUAAAGGAGCGAAUCGAACAGACAGAACUCAGAAAAAAGGAGCUUGAACAGACAAAAGCAGCUCUGGAGAAACACGAGAAAGAAAAGAAGGACAUGAAUAACUUUGAAUGUGAAGUUGAAGAGUCCUACAAAGAAAAGGUGCCUGUAAAAUCUAAGCGGUGGCAGUUCAGAAGGAAAAAGGCGACUUGCUGCAGUGUGUGUGAGGAGAACUGUCAUUAUCCUGGAUGCUGGUGGGUCAGAAACCUUUAUUGGUGCAGCGUCAUGAAAAAGGGAAAAUGUACUGUCUGUACUGGAAAGUGUGACCACACUCAGCAUGUUAAAGAGAGGAAAAUGUAUGUGUUGAAGACUCGGAAGGUGAAGAAGACUAUAGAAGAGCUAAAGAAGAAAUAUGAGGAAGAGUCUGGAGAGAAAAUGAGUUUGAUGAGCAGACUGGAGAAUGAGAUAAAUGAAAAUGAACAAAAGAAAACUAGUCUGGUGGAAGAGUGUUAUCAGUGUGUUGUCACUCUGGAGGAGAUUGCCUUAAACACUGACUCUGUGUCUGUCCUUCAGAAUCUGGACUUCUUGAUUGAGAAAGUGAAGGAAACGGGAAACACAGAAAGAAUUCAGAAGCUUGAAGAUCUGAAGAUACGAUAA